AUGACAAAGACUCUCCCAACUAAAGCGAACCCCCCUGAGGUCGGGGAGAGCUGUGUCUUCCCCCCACUUCACAAUAGCCGGCCAAAAGCUGCCCAAUGGGCUAGCACUGAAGCCCCCAGAUCUGUGGGAAGGCAGGUUGACUAUCUCAGUGGUAAGAGCGGUCAGCCAAGGUAUCUCGUUCUGGCAACUCUAUGGUCUGUCAUUCUUCGCCGUUAUAUCGAAUCUUCCAUUAUACAGAUAUUGCUGAGUAUCACUGCGCCGCAACACGACCCCGAGCGGAUGCAUGCUCAGAUAAUGACCAUCGAUCCAAAAGAGGAUAUACCCUUUGAAAUCUUGCUGAAGUGUACAUCAUGGUCUUCCGCCAUGCCGGAGGGGGUCGAGGAGCCCAAUACUGGUGUAAUCGUCCUUGACGAGCCGGUAGAGACCAAGCACAACCAGUUGUUCCAUGAAAACCUAUUGUCAGAGGCAAGGGCACUUCAAAUGAUUCGAUGCGAUAUCCUACUGGCCCUGUACCAAAGUCGGGACGGAGUGCGAGUGGUGUUGUCCUACCGCGAGUCAAUGUUGUUGACCAUGCAUGCAUCAAGCAUGCUGGAGCAGUUGCAGCACCUGACACUGUCCGUCUCCAAUAAUAUGGCGCAGACAGUCGGUGAUCUGUGGUCUAUCAGUGACUGUGAUCUUCGUCAGCUACAGCGAUGGAACUCCCGCCGAUCUAGCCAGCCGACAGACCGUUUGAUGCACGAAAUUAUUCACCAACGAGCGCUGGAAACACCUGACAAGGCUGCGGUAGAAUCAUGGGACGGAGCCUUGACAUAUCGUCAGCUUGACUGUCUGGCAUCGCACCUAGCCAGUCGCCUUACACGCCACUGCAUUGGUCAGAAUGACUUUGUGCCCAUCAGCUUCCAUAAGUCCCGCUGGGCGAUUGUCUCUAUGCUUGCGAUCAACAAGUGCGGCGCCGCCUUCGUCCCCGUGGAUCCCAGUGUCCCUGCAGGGCGCCUUGCGAAAAUUAUUCGACAGACUGAGGCUCGUGUGGCAUUGGCUGAUAAGGAACAGUGCAGCGCGCUGCGCAAGACGGGCAUCUCCGUCAUUACAGUCACAGAGAUGAUGGAGUAUGAAUCUGUUGAAAGCCGAGUAGUGAGCUCACGGUUUUCUGGUUAUACUGCGCCGGCGUACUGCCUGUUCACAUCCGGGAGCAUGGGUGAACCAAAGGGCUGCGUCGUUGGACAGGCCGCGUUUACCGGCAUCACCAGCCAUUGCACCGCUCUAUAUCUUCGGUCAGAUAGUCGCGUCCUUCAAUUUGCCUCCCUGGGUUUCGGCAUGGCUCUGAUUGAGAUCUUCUGUGCCUUAUCAUGCGGCGCUACUGUCUGCAUCCCGUCUGAUGAGGCCCGCAUUAAUUCCCUGGGCCAAGUGAUCACCUCAAUGAACGUUAACUGGACGGUGCUAUCGCCGACGACCUUAAACACCCUAUCCCCGGCCGAUGUGGUAUGUCUGAAAACGAUCGUCCUUGGAGGGGAACCGGUUCUCGGAAGCCACAUAUCCGACUGGGGACUCCACGCUCGACUGAUCCAGAUAUAUGGACUCACUGAGUGCUCGGGAGCGUUUACCGUCUCAAACCAGAUAUUCUUGUCAGAUCUUACGGAGAUAUCCGUUGGAUACCCAGUCGACGGGAGAUGUUGGAUUGUAGAUCCCCAAGAUCACAACCGACUCCUAGCUAUCGGAGCUGUCGGGGAGCUUCUCAUCGAUACCCCGAAUCUCGCACAAGGUUACCUCCAUGAUUCGGAGAGAACGAGACUCUCUUUCGUUUCCGCGCCCUCCUGGAUAGAUAUAGAGAUACCAGUACGGAACAGCCGUCCAACGGUGCUCUAUAAGACAGGCGAUUUGGCCCGGUUCAAUCCGGAUGGCAGUAUUUGCCAUUUGGGCCGAAAGGACCAUCAGCUCAAAGUACGUGGCCAGCGGGUGGAAUCGGGCGAGUUGGAAUAUCACCUGCGCCAGGUGCUUUCCGAUGUUGAAGAUGUAAUAGUAGACAUGGUAGUUCCGACUGGGUCGAACGGCGUUCCUUCUCUUACAGCCUUCAUUCUGGAGGCAGGUGAACACGCCCGGCCUGACCGCGAGACCAUGCAUCACCCUAUCCUCGCAGAGCCCACGAUAGAAUUUCUUCAACGUGUCCAAUCCGCCAAGCAGAGCCUGACCAAGGUCGUUCCGGACUAUAUGGUCCCCGUACUCUUCUUUGCUCUCAGAAAAGUGCCGCAGACUAGCUCGGGCAAGAAGGAUAGGCGCCGAUUACGCCAGGAGGUUGCCCUGAUGACCUGGGAUCAACUCAGGGCGUAUAGUACCAUCCAGAAAGGUGGGAGAAGCGUUGCACCUGCUCUUGAGACAAGGGCGGAACAUCUUCUGGCUCAGAUCUGGGCAGAGCUACUUUGCCUAGACGCCGAUACACUUGGGCCUGAUGAUGAUUUCCUCGCCCUCGGCGGAGACUCCAUCGUCGCGAUGAGAGCAGUCGCAAUGGCGCGCGUAAGGGGGUUGGGCCUGAUGGUGUCCGACAUAUUCGCCAGUUCAAAACUGGCGGACAUGGCCAAGGGGGCCACAGUGUUACCCAGCGGUGUUGUUGCCUCCCGCCGGCCGGUGAGCUUGGUGGCCGACAACGUCCAGGAAGUCUGCAUCUCGCGUCUUCGGGAACAGACAUCGUUGUUGGAUUCCUGCUCGGAGACGCCAGUUGUCCUGCCCGCAACCGAGACUCAGAAAUUCUUCAUCGAUCGCAGUUGCUUCGAUUAUUUCUGUUAUAUAUUAGACGGAGACUUGGACUCUGGCCAGAUGCAAACGGCUUGCACAGAAGUAGUCAACAAGCACAGUGUUCUGCGAACAGUCUUCACUCAGAACGACCACGGGGUCUUCCAAGUGAUUCUCCCCAGCAUGGAAACACCAUUGUACCACGUCACCACUGCCCGCAAUGUCUCUGCGGUGGCAGAGAAGCUUUGGAGCUCCAGCCAGUCAGCAACUCUCCCAUUAGAUCGUCCAGCAAUACGGUUUAUCCUGAUCUCCAACAACGAUGCGAACCAGCAUGCCAUGGUUCUCCGUCUGUCCCAUGCCCAGUACGAUGGAUUUUCCUAUCCAAGCCUGGUCCAUGACCUGACAGCCGCCUACGCUGGCAUUACUCUCCCCCCUCGCUCGCAGUUCUUGGACUACAUCCGUUAUCGGUCCCAGCAGGAUCCCACCGCCGGCUACAACUUCUGGCGUGAAUACUUGGCUAGCUCCACAAUGACGGACCUCCGGGACUGCUCAUUUGAAUCCGGUGCCCGAAAGCAAGGAUGUGGUCCUCCAGAGGCGGUAGAUGCAAAAGUAACAAUCACAUCCCCAUCGGAUCCUCCGGACGGGAUCACCAUGGCCACGCUCAUCAAGGCAGCCGGAGCACUGGUACUCGGGCAAUUAACACAACGCAGUGACAUUGUCUUUGGGCAGACCGUCAACGGCCGGAGCGGCAUGCCCUUGGGAGGCAUUGAAACCAUGUUGGGGCCAUGUGUCAACUUUUUGCCGAUACGAGUAAGCGUCCAACCCUGCUGGACCGCAGUGGAGUUUCUGCGCCAUGUUCAGGACCGCCACAUCCAGACCACAGCCUACGAUCACAUGGAGUUCGCAGAAAUUAUCAAGAAUAGUACAUCAUGGGCGUCUGACACCCGGUUCGGUGCGAUUUUCCAUCACCAGAAUAUUGAUACGAAGCUGGAGAUAUUCCUCAGCGGACUGAAGAACACCGCGGCUACUUGCCAUCUUACAGGGUCUUAUUUCCAUCAGCAGAUGAGAUCAGAGGCUUGGAUAUACUCCAUGUUUGUGGAAAAUGACCUCCAGAUUUGCAUACGUGCGCCUGCCCACAUUUUGGACUUCGAACAGGCGACCGAGCUGCUGCACAAAAUCGCCGCCAGAAUGCAAACCCUAGCGCAGCACCCUGACAGACCUCUGGCAGACGUAAACGACCCACGGCCCUAUCAUUAG